GAAGCCACAAGAUUUGUGUUUCACUGUUCGCUGAAAAUUCAUUUCGUGUGUUACAAAGUUGCUGCACAACUUCCAUCAAUCUGUCAAGAAGAAAAUGGUUAGAGCUGAAUAUAUGACACUUCUCCUUUACAUGACUGUGAUCUAUGGUGUGGAUCCAGGAAGUUCAAAAACAUCACCUGGAACAACUACAUCAAAGCCCGGCAUAUCCAGUACACAGGAUAACAAUUCUAAGAAUAGUACCUCCCCUAAAGAUUCUUCAGGAAAUCAGAUAGGAGGUGAUGGUAAAUCUAACCAAAAAGCAGAAUGCACCUUAGUCCCACCCCCCACAGACUUAGUAUCUCUUCAUAAAAUGAGGGAACGAUGUCCAGAUAUUAUUACUUUAGAAACCUUCAUCAGACUGGAGGCAAAAAUCAUACAGAGCAUCAUCAAUACGAUCUGCACUAAUGAAACCCGGGUCUCCAAAUUUCUGGUCUUGACCUAGCUGUGGUUAAGACCAACUUAAACACAACAGAAAUCCAUAUCAAUGCUUCAGAGGUAAGAAUCCGCAUUAUACAGUUUUGAGACCAGUACACUGAAAAGGGAAUUUUGCUACCUUUCCCGCUCACUUAAUUUAAACUUAAAUUUAGGUUAAUUCAACACAAUUACUAUAAAUAAUGGACACAACGUGUCCAUUAUUUUUCUUGUACUUAUGUUAUCCAUUUAAGUUGGGCCUACAUGAAUGAAUUGUAAGAACUGGGCAGAGGAUUUCCAGUUCCCAGCAUGCUUUGAGUGAGAAUGCAUUUUCAGAAUAAUUAUAUGUGUUUUAUCAUUAAAGAGAAAAACUGGUAAGUGUUUAAUGUUUGUUAUAUUUUUGAGUUUCAGGGUUACCAUUGUUCUGAAGUGCCAUUUGCUUAGGCUGUGGGAGUUUAUAUUAUUAAACUUGAAAUUCUCAAUUAAAAUAAACGUAAAUUUUGAAAUAGAUAAAUGAAAAUGUUACAUAAUAUUGACUGAAAAUAUUUGAGUUCCGAACUUGAAAUCAAAAUUUGAAAUGUCUACAUAUCAAAAUCAUGUUUGUUCAAAGAACAUAAAUUGGGCAACUUGAACAUUAAAUUAUGUGGAACCGAUGUACAGAUCCAACAGAUUUAUUUUCAGUGUAGACAAUCAAAAUGUCAACUUUUUAUAAGUUUGUAGUAUUCCGGUCACUAAUUUAAUGUAAUUUGAUGUGAUAUCAUGUUGAUCUUCUUUCAUUUAAGCUGUUUAAUGAUAUGGAAGCAGCACAGAUAUGGAUCCCAGUGGAGAUUUUCCAAAACGUUUUAGGGGGAGAGCACAAAGUUGGUGUAGUUUCUUACAAAUCCAGCGAGCAAUUUACAUUUGAACUGGAAAAUGCAAUUAUUGUAUCUAAAGUCACACGGAUUGAAGUUCCUGGACAUGACAUUGUGAAUUUGAAGAAUCUACUUAAAAUAUAUUUCCCAGUCAAAAUGGCAACUAGAAACAGCAGCUAUUAUUCAUGUCAGUUCUUUGAUGAAAAAGAAUUCAUCUGGAAAGAUGACGGCUGUUCCACCAGAAACAUCAGAGAUUAUGUUGUGGAGUGCUCAUGUAACCACAUGACUGCAUUUGCCGUGCUUCUGGUUGAGUUGCAAAACACAGAUGAAGAGCACUGGACAAUCAUGUCAUACAUCAGCUACAUAGGCUGCGGUCUAUCUGCUGUAUUUUCUGGUUGCUCCAUAUUGACCUUUAUUAUCAACAGUAAAGGCAGGAAAGAAGUGUCCAGGAGCAUCCAUGUGUCUCUGAGUGCCGCUCUGUUCCUGCUCAACAUCACCUUUAUGCUCAGCGAAUGGGCUGCAACAUUGAAUCUAAAUGGACUGUGUGUGUUUGUUGCUGUGGUGAUACAAUACAGUCUGUUGUGUUGUUUCACCUGGAUGGCCAUUGAAGCUUUGCACCUCUACAUUCUUCUGGUCAGAGUGUUUAACAUUUACAUCAAGCACUACAUGGCCAAGCUCUCUCUGAUUGGAUGGGGAGUCCCAGCUAUUAUAAUUGGAGGUCUACUUAUGGUUAACAGGAACCCUUUGUAUGGUACUACAAAAAUCACAUUAUCAGAUGCCAGUAAAACAAAGGAAAUUUGCUGGACAACAGGGGAUUCGAUCCCAUAUGCGGUGAACAUUUCCUACUUUGCCAUCAUAUUCCUGUUCAACACCGGAAUCCUGAUCACAGUUUCCGUAAAGAUCUUUAUGCUUCAAAAAGUUGACAACAAGAGAAAAACUGUGAAUGUCUGCAAGUAUGUCAGCACAGUUCUGGGCUUAAUGUGUCUGUUGGGUAUCACAUGGGGUUUGGUGUUUUUCACGUCUGGAUAUACAAACAACCCCAUUCUCUACCUGUUCUGCAUCUUGAACUCCAUGCAAGGGUUUUACAUCUUUCUGUGGAUGUGUCUGACAGCAAGGCCUAAAAGACAGCAAGCAGAUCAAAAAUCUACAUUCACUGUGGACACCACUGACAAUUAUAAGCAGAGGUCGCUGGACUCUUAAAAAAUAAGGAGAAAAAGCCCGAUUUAAAAUACUGUUGCAAUGAGUGAAUUUAAACUUUGACGCACUGUUAUAUCUAUUUAUAUAAAUUCAGUUUUGUUGAUAUUUAUAAUGUUGACUUCGGGUUGUUUUGAUGAGCCUACUAACAAUAUAAUUAGCAGUUCUAAAAAUAAAGUAUGUUAUUAUAUGA